UACACACUCCUCUCAACAAACAGCAAAAUGUUCUCCCGAGCCGCCACCCGCGCUCCAGCGACCCUCAGCCGCCGCGCAUUCUCCACCACACGCGCACAGUUCGCCUCGCCAUAUCACUACCCCGAAGGCCCGCGUACCAACAUUCCCUUCAACCCGCUCACGCGCUUUUUCUGGCUCCGAUACUGGGGAUUCAUGGCUGUUGGCUUCGGCGCACCAUUUGGCAUCGCUGUCUGGCAGACGAUGAAGAACAAAUAGACGAUCGGGAUAGGCUGGGAAAAGGGUGGGGACAGGUUGUGCAAAGAAUGCCGAGAAGGAGCGAUGCGGAGGAUUGUGAGGAUGGGGGCAUGAGGCAGAGUCAAUGGUACACGAGAGUGCUACAGGAUACGUCUCAUAUGUACACAAUUCUAUCAUGAGCCAGAUGGGCUGGCAUUGCUGG